AUGAAUUUGCCCGGCUUCGUCGAGCAGAAAGUCUUAGGCAAAGGAACCUACGGAUGCGUCUACAAAGCUAAGAGAUUAAGUGACGGUCAAUCUUAUGCAGUUAAAGUCAUCAAUCUUGGAAAUCUUAACCAUCGCGAAAUAGAAGACUCAGUAAAUGAGAUAAGACUUAUGGCAUCAUUUUCUUCACCAUUUAUUAUACGAUUUUAUGAGGCAUUUUGCGACAACAGACGUCUUUGCAUUGUUACUGAAUAUUCCAGACUUGGAGAUCUUGCUCAUCUCAUUGAAAGGAGAAAGAAGAAGCGUCGUCCAUUCCAUGAAGAUGAUAUUUGGCGUUAUUUACUUCAGAUGCUUGAAGGAUUAAAAGUUCUUCACAAUUGCGGCGUUGUUCACCGUGAUAUCAAGAGUGCCAAUAUCCUUCUAUCAGCUCCUGAUUUAAUCAAGAUUGCUGAUCUUGGCGUUUCUACAGUUCUUCACACAACACAACUUGCAAGAACUCAAAUCGGUACUCCUUUGUAUCUUGCACCAGAAGUUUGGAAGCGUAGACCAUAUGACUCCAAAUGCGAUAUGUGGUCUCUUGGCGUUUUGCUCUAUGAAAUGAUGACAUUUACUUAUCCUUUCACAGCACGCACAACACAAGAAUUGGCGCAGAGAUGCUGCCUUGGAAAGUUCACAAUCCCACACGGAUAUUCAGCAGAACUUGUUUCAAUUGUCCGUCGUUUAUUGCAGGUUAAUCCAUUGAUGCGCCCAUCAGUAGACGAUCUUUUGAACACACAAUGCAUCAAAAACAGAAUUGGAAUGUUAGCUGCGUUCGUUGAGCACAGCGAAGACCUUGAAACAGAUGAUAAAUUAUUGUCUACAAUUAAAGUUCCUAUGAAUGUACGUAACUUACAUCUUCCUUCAGCUGCUUAUGGCAAGAAAGUUAGUAUAGUCAAGCCAUUGGAGCAGCGUCUUCAUAUGAAGAAAGGAGUCAAACUCAGCAAGGACGUAUCUGUCAUCUCUUCUCCAGAGUUACAGCUCGUAGCAGAUCUUGAUUGGUGGUCUCCAAACAAGGUAGGCCAAGAACCACUCACAGGAAGAGACGAAAACCAGAAUCCUAACGCUUAUGAGAUGCAAAGGCCAAUGUCACAAAGGCCAGCAUUAAAGCCAAUUCCACCACCGCCAAUUGGUGUCCGCGCUCCUAGACCAAAUCCACGUUUCAUGCGUCAUUAA